AUGGAGGCCACGUCCAUGCUCAGCCCCUCACCGUGGCAGCGGCGCCGCGCCUGGGUCCGGCAGAGCCGGAGCUGGAGGAAUUCGAUGCUGGCGCUCGAGGACGCGGCCUCUGCCCCAUGGGACAACUCCGACCCACAACCGCCCCACGGCCCCCUUGCAGGUCAAUGGGGAUGCCCCGGGGAUGGGGGGCCCCGAGCCCUGCGCCCCAUCGGUGCCUUCCCAAGGGCAGGAAGCGCAGACGGGAAGAUCGAGCUGUGGCUGCGGGAGUGCGGGUCAUCCCUUGAGGUCCCAUCAGAGGAGCCGGGCUUGCCGGGUCCCCAGGGGUAUGGAAGCACUGGGACCAGCUUCGAGGAUGACCUGACCCUGGGAGCUGAAGCUCUCCUGCUUCCAGGGAGCAGCAAGGCCAUGAGCAGGGCCAAACGCCUCAGCCUGGGCCACAGCGCGGCCUCCAGCCUCACCACCAAGACCAGCUCCAGCAUCUCCGAGGUGCUGGAGCGCUGGGAGGCGGAUGCUGAGGAGAUCCUCUCCGAGCUGGGCUUCGUGCCGAGCGAGCCGGGUACCGCAUCCCGGGUCCCCGUGCGGUUCUUCACGGCUCCAUCCCGCGCCAAGGGCAUCGACUUCCAGCUCUUCCUCAAGGCCCAAGUGCGGCGCAUGGAGAUGGAGGAUCCCUGCUUGACGCUGGCCAGUCGCUUCCAGCAGGUCCAGGCUCUGGCCACCACGGCCGAUGCCUUCUUCUGCCUCUACUCCUACGUGUCCCGGAGCCCCGUGCGGCGCCUGUCCCCCUCCUGCUGCUCCAGGGCUCAUCCCGACAUUCCCAACAUCCACAUCCCAACAUCCCAACCCGGAGCCCUCUCGCCCGUGCAGCGCUUGAAGAGAGCAGUGGCCACCAUGUGCCUCUACGCACCCCCAAGGGAUGAAGGCAACCCCCCGGGGCCCCCCAUCCAGCCCGGUGCUAUGGGGCCGGGGCUGGAGCCAUCCCGGUGCGAUGCAGGCGAUGCCCUGGAAGGAUGGAGAAGGGAUGCGGAUGGGGUCCAUCCUGGUGCUGCAUGGGGACACCCGGAGCUGCCCUGUCCCCAUAGCGGGGGGUUAUUGGGUACCCCGAUGGUGGUGGUCCCCCCCCAGCAGCCAUGGGACAAAGGGGACUCCGGCUUCGGCUCUGGCUCCUAUGGGACCUGGCUGGGGUGGAAAGCGGGGUCCCAUGGGUGCCACAUGGGUGCUACCUUGCACCCGGACACACCAAGGGCUGGUGGCCACCGGGCUUGGAGCAGGGGCCAGCGAUGGGGGGGGCAGAGGGACACGAGGAUGCUCCCAUCACCCCAAGGACCAACCAGGGACUCCUUUGAGGUGGAGGAGGUGAGGAGGGAUACCAGGGUGAUGGGGGGGUACGAGGGUGAUGGGGAGGUAUCAGGGUGA